CAAUAUUAAUCCGUAUCAUGCAAAAACAAUAAAAAAGAAAGAAAACAAUAAAACAAACAUUCUGAUUUGUAUAGACGAUGCUGUAUUGGGUGUAGUAGGAGAGGGAUUGUAGGCGGAAGAGGAGCGGAUGUAAUUAUGUCUGAACUACUCUGUGGAGUGGCUGUGUAAUUUUACCUGUGCAAAAGAGAGGAAUAACGCGCCGCCCGCUCUCUGCGCACUAAAGGAAGUCAACAUCUCUGUAGUUUCGGUGGAAGGAAGGCCAAAUCCGACUGCCCUUCAUCUCGUGAUCGCAGAAAUUUAGGCGUCGUAGGUUAUCCCAUUGUUGGGAUAUACUGCAACCAAGGUGUUUGAUAUAUUGCUCAGUGACAACCCUGAUAAAAGGAAUGAGCAAGAGGCCUCCACCUGAUCCCGUGGCUGUUCUCAGAGGCCACCGCGCUUCAGUUACGGAUGCUAGUUUCCAUCCUACCAAGAAUAUCUUAUUCACUGGCUCCACAGACGGUGAAUUGCGCAUAUGGGAUACCGUACAGCACAGGACCAUUUCAUCUUCAUGGGUGCACAGCGCAGCUCAUGGUAUUAUUAGCGUUGUUGCUGGUGGAGAGAAUAGAGUUAUUAGUCAAGGAAGGGAUGGAACUAUCAAGUAUUGGGAUAUUGGAGAAGCAGGCUUGUCUAGAAGCCCGCUCAUUACGAUCAAAACAAAUUCUUACCACUUUUGCAAGCUUUCAUUGCUAAACAAUCCCCAUGCUGAAGUUGAGCCAACUGAAGUUGUCAAGAAUCACCAAGAAAGUGAGCUUUCAGGUGGCAAUAUGAGUUCAACGGAGCUUGAAAGUGACAAGAAGGUGGAAGGGUCUAUUUAUGUUGCUGCAGCUGGCGAAGAUUUGUCGGUGGUCGAACUUUGGGAUGUUAAUACUGGUGAAAAGCUUAUAAAAUUGCCUAAUCACUCCAUAAACUCUACCAAGGCAAGAGGAAUGUGCAUGGCAGUUAAAGCGUUUUUACCCCCUGAAUCACAUGGAUAUGUUAAUGUUAUGUCUGGUUAUGAGGAUGGAUCCAUGGUUUGGUGGGAUAUAAGGAAUCCGGCCUCGCCAAUGACUUGUGUAAAAUUUCAUUCAGAACCAGUUCUAAGCUUAUCUUUUGACAAUUUAUGUGGAGGAGGGGUUUCUGGAUCUGCUGAUGAAAAAAUUGUAAUGUUUACCUUGGAUCCAUCAACGGGAUCAUGUUUGGUGAAGAAAGAAAUUAUUUUGGAGAGACCUGGCAUAGGGGGAACUUCUAUUCGGCCAGAUGGUAAAAUUUUUGCUACUGCCGGAUGGGAUCACAGGGUGAGGAUAUAUGACUAUCGCAAAGGAAAUGCUUUGGCCAUACUGAAGUAUCAUCACGCGACUUGUAAUGCUGUCUCAUUUUCCGAUAAUAGUAAACUGAUGGCUUCAUCUUCAGAAGAUACUACUGUAGCACUAUGGGAAAUUUAUCCUCCUAGAAACUGACUUGGGAUACAAGUCAGUAAAUUGAUGUCCUGCAUGUGACUCAAUGAAACCAAUUCACUGAUGAUCCUUUCUUCAUUUUACAUGAAAAAAUGGAAUCACAUAAUAAGGUUGUGUGGGUUUGUGCUACGUUACGUUACUUUCAUCUCGUAGACUCUUAUAAAAGCCUUCUGAAUUGUUGCCACUAAUUCUCAGAAUUGCUUACUUUCAUCUCUUACUGAAUGUUCAUAGAAUUUGUUUACUC